CCCGAGCGGAGCCGUUGCCAUGGCGCUGCUGCCCGCCCGCUGGGCCCGGGUCUCGCGCCGCGCGACCUUCAGCGCCUCCCACCGGCUGCACAGCCAGUCGCUGAGCGAUGAAGAAAACUGGAAGCUUUUUGGAAAAUGUAACAACCCCAAUGGCCACGGCCACAACUAUAAAGUGGAAGUAACUGUGCAAGGAGAGAUCAAUCCUCUUACAGGGAUGGUGAUCAACCUUACGGAUCUCAAUGCCUACAUGGAGGAAGCCAUAAUGGAACCUCUUGAUCACAAGAAUCUGGAUAAAGACGUCCCCUACUUUGCAGAUGUUGUCAGUACUACUGAAAAUGUUGCUGUGUUCAUUUGGGACAAUCUUCAGAAGUGCCUUCCUACUGGGACCCUUUAUAAAGUCAAAGUAUAUGAAACUGAGAAGAACAUUGUGGUUUACAAGGGAGAGGGAGCUGCUUCCAAGAAGUGAGAUACUUGUGAUUGUGCCGUCUGUGCCGUUAAUUGUCAGAGAACAACUCAGUCAGUCAGUCAGUCAGUCUGUCAACCAUCCAUCCAUCCACCAAUGCAUUAUUGCACUUGUAAAUGUAGAUGCUGACCUCUUUGUUAAAGAAUCAUGUCAGUGAGUAGAUAUGAAGCAGAUGUGUUAUGCAACUUGGUGGUGUCAAACUUUCCUGCUGUGCAAGCAUUUAGUUUGAUCCAAGUAAGAAAGAUAGCAAUUCUUUGUUCAUUACUGUUUGUUCCUGUUUCAAGAGAAAGUCACUGCUUUUUCCAUGAUGAUAAGUGUAAAUCCCAGGGCUUAUUUGAAUACAGUAGGGAGUUUUCCUGGUCCCAAACAGCUUAUUUUCCUUUCCCGAACUACUGCAGUGAAUUUACUGCAUAAUUAAGCCAAUUGCUAUAAUUAAGCUCAUUCCCGUACUCUUUUAUGCAAGUUAUGGUUGUUCAGUUGCUA